AUGGACGUGAUCACGGAAUCUGAGCUUGCGAAACACCACGAAGUUCAUAAUCUGUGGGUUUCCAUCCGCGGCAAAGUAUACGAUGUUUCCAGCUACGUGGACGACCACCCUGGCGGUGUCGAGGUCUUGAAGGAUGUCGCAGGAUCAGACGGCACCGAGAGCUUUGAGUAUGUUGGUCAUUCUGAGGACGCGUACAAAACGCUGGCGAAAUUCCAAAUCGGCGUUCUCGAGGGAGAGUGCUUCAUUGAAACCAAAGGUGGCUGGAUGGCCCGUAGCAGUGACAUUUCUGCUGGCUGCGGGAAUUGGCAGUCGGUGGUUGCUCCGAAAUCAGCAAGCGUAUGA